AUGACAACCAACAAGCGCGACGAAACGCCAGACAAACGCCCAGGGCCUCAUGUCAGCCGCACAUCGACCAAUGGGUCCACUGCGUCAACCACACCGUCGAAACAAAGCGGGAGUGGGCGAGCAAGUAAACUCAGGGAAAAACCCAAGGACAAACCCAAGGACGCCAAGGGCCGGUACAGAGACGACCCCAACGAAAACUCCAGCUGCGACGAGUCUGUUAUGCUCACGGAAUCAAUCCAUGAAAUGGUUUGUGUGGCACACAUUGGAUCCGAUUUGCUGUCCGUCGACUCCAAACCGUCGACGUCCAGCACAGAAUAUCCCACUGUAAAAUCGGGUCCAAAGUCCAAAACGGAUUUGGCCCCGGAUUCGGAUCCCAAAAAAAUAAAGUCGGCAGACGGGGAAUCCAUUAGUCCAGAGGGUAGAAAGUCACACAACAGAAAAUCCCAACGCAAAGUAUCUCAAGGGCAAUCCGUUAAAAACAGCUCACACGGCAGUAGGGCCAACGGACACAGCACCAUACGCACGCGAGACCACAAGCGCACCCCAUCGCUCACACACGCACACACGCACCACUCGACUAGGGCCACCACCGCCAGCAACGUCGAAAGGGCACACACACACACAUACCACACCGACACAAGCACAGGCACAAGCACAGGCAACGCAGCAGCCAGCAAUGGCAACACACAGGCGAGCAAGUGCACGUCUCAGGGCAGAGCUAAUAGCACAGACGAGAGAACGGCCACUGAGCAGAGUGGUCCGAAGGAGUUGGUGUCUCAAGCCCACAGGGCACCCACUACCAACACAUCAGACAAUGCACACACCUCAUACACACCCGACACUACAUUACCCUAUACACACAUGGCACACCCAUCCACCACACCACCACCACCAACAGCCCCAACAUUGCCACCUGACACAGCAACAGAGCACUCGGCCUCAGCACACCCUCUCACGGGCAACAGCUCACUCACAAGCACAGAAGGAGACAGCAGGUGCACCCCAACAGGCACAGAGGAGGGUAUCAGGGGCACAGGAACCACCCCCAAUGACCACUCAGCAGCGACAGACCACCUGACACACGCCAUGAACACACAGUCACCUGACAACACACAGUCACCCGACAACACACAGUCACCUGACAACACACAGUCAUCUGAAGACGCACACGGAGUUAUGAGUGAGCAGCUGGACUGUGCCGCUCAGAGUGCAGCGGUGACAUUGAGCGACUCAAGUGAUACGACGCAGUUGGGCGAUGGCGUGGCUGGGCGGGGGAUGGGCUCUUACGACGGCCCUAUACACUCAGCCAACGAAAAAAGCAGAGACGGGAUAAGCAGACAGAGUUCGGCUGACUCCCAAGUGAGCUUGGACCAUAUACUCGGCCUGGAACCCACUAACAACUUCCGUCCCGUGCAACCGUUUGACCUGGAUCUCAAUGCCACGACCACCGACCCAACAAUCAAAGGCACCCGCGAUGCCCUGAAAGCCGCUGUUUCGAAUGGCCGCAAUAGUGACGAGGCUAAGACCAGGCGCAGGCCCUUUGUCUUCAGCAGAAGCCGCAGCUCACGCGACACAGACACCGACAGCGCAAUCCUCAAUGGACUCAACUUCAUGGACAUGCUACGCAUGGAACCACCCGCAGGCAAAGCAGCACAGCCCAACGACGACGACCACCAGCAAAUGGGUAAGUGCACACACCCACCCAUGGGUGACUGUAGGAGCAAUGCAAUGGCAUGA